CUUCCAUCGCGCCGUCAGUAUCGCGGGAUGCGGACACACGUUCCUGUCUGUGCUUCCUCUCCACUGCUUUGAUUUCUCAUCCAUGAUCCUGCAGGCAUAAGGACCUUGAAAGGAGGUUAACUGGCCUCUAAUGUGCUCACUGCCUUUAUUCCUGUGUGGCCUGGAUGCUCAGCAUGAAUUGUUUGGCUCUUCAAAUCUGCUUCCAGCCUCAGGUGUCAGAGCAGCUGCAUUACCUGUGCCCCAGCAGUGCCUGGCCUCCCUGCACCCUCUCCCAAGCUCCCACUUCUCACUGUGGGGAUGCUGAUCCCUGGGUUUUGGGGCUACCCUGUAGCCUGGGGUGUGCAGGAGUAUCUGGAAAUGUGUGUGCCCUAGGGCUGGGGUCCUGCUCCACCUCACUCCUCCUGGGCUGCUGAGUGCCACUGCCUGUGCCCCCAGGUUUUGCAAGGAGUGCCUGCAGCCGUGCCUGCAAGUGCCAUCCCCUCUCUGCCCACUCUGCUGCAUGCCCUUCAAUCCCAAGAAGGUGGAGAAGGCUUCCAGCGUGUAGAAACAUCUUUUGUCCUACAAGGCUCCCUGCAGAGGCUGCAGCAAGAAGGUGACCCUCGCAAAAAUGCGUUCUCAUGUCUUGUCCUGCGCGAAGGUGCAGGAGCAGAUGGCCAACUGCCCUAAGUUUGUUCCAGUUGUCCCCACGUCCCAGCCUAUUCCCAGCAAUAUUCCCAAUCGCUCAAUGUUUGUGUGCCCAUACUGUGGGGCCCAGAACUUGGACCAGCAGGAGCUGGUGAAGCACUGCAUGGAGAACCACCGCAAUGACCCCAACAAAGUGGUGUGCCCAGUCUGCUCAGCCAUGCCCUGGGGGAACCCCAGCUACAAGAGCACCAACUUCUUCCAGCACCUUCUCCACAGGCACAAGUUUUCCUAUGACACCUUUGUGGACUAUAACACUGACAAGGAGGCAGCAUUGCAGGCGGCCCUGGCACUGUCACUCUCUGAGAACUGAGGGUGACUGCGGAGCAUCGGACCCCAUUACCACCUUGUCUCCUUUUGCACACUCAGCCUUCCUACCAGGGAGGCACAGAGCUCAUCAACCCCCUGGAGACCAGCUGCUCUUCCCUCUCCUCUCUGGGCAAAUACCACCUUAUUUAAGAAGGUGGCGUCUCCUUAGCAUCACACUUGGACCACUGGGAGUACUUAUGAUAAUCACGGUCACAAAGGAGGGCUGGUUUCACACCAAGUGCAAUGGCGACAAGGACGCCUAAAUUCCUGACACGAAUCAUUCCUGCAUAUUUCACAUCUGCUCUCCAGCCCUCCCCAAACAGUCCCUGUGAGGCUUUCCGGUGCCAGGAGGGCAUUGUGGCAGAGGGAACAGACAGGAACAGACGUGGCCAUGCUGUCCCCCAACUCUUCAAUGGGUGCCUGCAGCCUGGACCCCCCCCAAAGGACACACAUACCCUCAAUCUGCUCCCACGGCAAAGCUUCAGUUUCUGGCACUGCACCCAGGUGUGUGGCAGCCUGGGCACCCUGAAGACGAACAUCAGCACCCACACCCUGCCCUGCCUCUGCGACAAAGCCUUCUCCCAGCCCUGGCUGCUCCAGGGCCACAUCGGCACACACACGGGUAAGUAUGGGACCCUCGGAUGCUGCUGGCCCUGCCAGCACCUCUGCUUUUGGAAAUGAUGAGUGCAAAAUCUCCAUCUACCCAGGCUUGUCAUUGCUUGUGCUAUGGGAGGGAUUUGCUCCAGGUGGAUACAGUUGGGGAUCCCAGUGUGGGGCUGGCUGAGAUGCUUGGCAUGCAUCCCAAGUCCUGUGGGACACCCCAGGGCAGUUCCCACUGCAAUAUCUCCCACUGGGAAGGCACAAAAGGGUUUUGGGGGGUCCUGGGAAGCACUGAGAGUCAGUGGCAAAGGUGAUGAGAGCAGCACAGAAGGACAAAAGGGGUUUCAGGAGGAACCCAGGGUACUGGGGGUGCCCUGAUGCUGUGUCCUGCAGGGGAGAAGCCCUUUACCUGCUCACACUGCAAUUGGGCCUUCACUGACCACUCCAACCUUCACACUUGCCUCCAAGCCAACAUGGACAUCAAGAGGUACCAGUGCUGUGCCUGUGCCAGGACCUUCUCCCACGUGUCACUGCUUGCCCAGCACGACAAGGGGCGAUGCUGUGGGGCAGCCUGAGCCCCCCAUCACUCUCAGCUACCCCAUGCUGUGCCCUACUGUGCUGCACCACGCUGUGCCAUGCCAGUGCGACACCCCAAGAAGGGACACAAGGGCAUCAGACAGGACUGCCUGGACUCCUGCAGCGGGGAGCAAGCAGGACAAUGAUGUGAUACUGCCCAUCAACUUCUCCUUGAGUGUCAUGCUGCACCAGGACCAGCAGCUCAAAACCACCACCAUGGCCCCAGCCAACCAGGACUUCACAGAGGACUGGCUGUGACUGAAUGGGGAGGAGGCUGAUGUGGGGCAUCCCUGGCUGCAGGCCUGCCUGUGGGAGAUGCGACACCUAGCCUGAAAGCACCAGGGCAGUGGCACCAAGGAAACGGCCCUGCUCAGCCUCUCCCACAAAUUCUACAUUGCCACCAAGAACAACUUCCCCACAGCUGCUGUCUUGGCCUUCUCUGCUGCUGGCUACACCUGCCUGGGUGGCACAUCAGUGAGUGGGACUUCAAGGGCUUCCGACAGCUCACCAUCCAGGACAGCAACCAGUUCCAUGCCACCUUCCACCCCAGUUUUCUACCUCAAUAACCUCUCACAGCACAUCAUCACCCUGGCACACUGAUUCAGUGUCUACCACGGAUGCACCAAGGAACCCACACUGGCCUCAUGGUGUGGUUUCUCACCCCAUAUCCCCCCUCAUUCCUCUGUAGGUAGCCUACGCCUUCAAUGCAGGCCCCAGUGCAAUCAUCAUGCUGGCUGACACUGAUACAGGGGGUAAUAUAGAGAAAUUGUACAAGGGAGUUAAAGGAAUUCCUUUGCUUAAACAAAAGUAUUGUCUGUCCUAAGUACCUAACAUGCCAAGGCAUUGAUUACUGAUGAGGGGGAGAAACAGAUGCUUAGUUCUACUGGUAAGGGACAAAAGCAGAUGUUUGGUUCUACUGAGAAGUGGGGGAGAAGCAGACUGGGCACCAACCAAACCCUAAAGCCAUGGGUGAAGAUUAAAAGGUGAAAAGUUUAAGAAGAGGAAGACUCAUUUACUUUAUCCUGAGACCCCUGCCCAUGACCAGAAGGGGCACUGUGCAGGUGCAAAGGACCUUCCGGCUCUUAUAAUA